AACACACUUUAAACCCUUUCAGCACUGGGGAUUUCAGAUUUCCAUGUCUUGUCAUGUUGCUUUGCGUUAUUCCCCCGAGGUUUCAUCUGAUGUUAUGCACGAAUUGACGGGAUUUCUGUCAUUCUAGCUUGAAGGUUAGCGCAGGCUACAUGAGUUAGCUUCAGUUUGACACACAUCCCCCGCUCGCUGACAUUAUUAAAGGACCUUUAGAGGAUAAACGCGUAUUUGAGAGGCCCACAGUUGAUUUCUCAUCACACCCCCGUCAGACACUGUGAAGCCACGGGCCGUCCUGAUGUCGGAGCCCAAAGCGCCCACCCCGGCCCCUGGGGACACCUAUAAAGGCUGGCUCUUCAAAUGGACUAAUUACAUAAAGGGAUACCAAAGGCGCUGGUUCGUCCUGAGCAAUGGCUUGCUGUCAUACUACAGGACCCAGGCGGAGAUGGGUCACACAUGUCGGGGCACCAUAAACCUGGCCACAGCCAAUAUCGCGGUGGAAGACUCAUGCAAUUUCGUCAUCUCCAAUGGCGGCACGCAGACAUAUCACCUGAAGGCCAGCUCGGAGGUGGAGCGGCAGCGGUGGAUCACAGCACUGGAGCUGGCCAAAGCCAAAGCUUUCCGCAUGCAGGCUGAGUCGGAUGACUCCGGGGAUGACUCCACUUCUCCUGGAGGAGGUCAGGGCUCAGGCUCACGCAACUCAGAGGUGCAGUCCACCCUCCGGACGCUGGGCAGCAAGGUGGAGGAUCUCAGCACCUGCAAUGACCUCAUCGCCAAACACGGCUCUGCACUUCAGCGGUCCUUGUCUGAGCUGGAGGGAGUUCGGCUGGGAGGAGAGACGAGUGAAAAGAUUCGGCAGGUGACGGAGCGAGCCACUCUCUUCCGCAUCACCUCCAACGCCAUGAUCAACGCCUGCCGGGACUUCCUGGCGUUGGCCCAGGCUCACAGUAAGCGCUGGCAGAAAGCCCUGCAGGCCGAGAGAGAGCAGAGAGUGAGACUGGAGGAGACGCUGGAGCAGCUCGCCAAACAACACAACCAUCUGGAGAGAGCCUUCAGAGGAGCCACCGUACUGCCUUCAUCCAAGAGCAACCCUGCCAUAGACAGCAAAGGCCCAGUUCCAGUAAAAGGGGACGUCAGUGACGAGGACGAGGAGAAUGAAUUCUUUGAUGCAUGCGAGGACGUUCAAGAGUUUAUCACUGUACCAGCAGACCCCAAAUAUCACAGGAGAUCCGGCAGCAAUGUCAGUGGAAUCAGUAGUGAGCUGGGAAUGGACGACGGGACGACGUCGCUAGAUGAGCAGUCUCUGGGGUCCAAUCCCGAAUCUCCACAGUCCCGGGAAGUAGUGCCUGUGAGAAAGAGGCGGAGCCGAAUCCCAGAUAAACCAAAUUACUCUCUCAAUCUAUGGAGCAUCAUGAAGAACUGUAUCGGAAAAGAGCUCUCCAAAAUCCCUAUGCCUGUGAACUUCAACGAGCCCCUGUCUAUGCUGCAGCGUCUCUCUGAGGAUCUGGAGUACUACGAGCUGCUGGACCGGGGCGCCAAGUGCCAAAGCUCCCUUGAGCAGAUGUGCUACGUAGCAGCUUUCACCGUGUCCUCUUACUCCACCACAGUUCACCGCACGGGCAAACCCUUCAACCCUCUGCUGGGCGAGACAUUCGAGCUAGACCGGGGGCAGGAGAGCGGCUACAGGUCCCUCUGUGAGCAGGUAAGUCAUCAUCCUCCGGCUGCGGCACAUCACGCGAUCUCCGAGCGAGGCUGGACCCUGAGACAGGAGAUCGCCCUGGCCAGCAAGUUCAGGGGAAAAUAUCUCUCCAUCAUGCCCCUGGGUUCAAUUCAUUGUAUCUUUGAGAAGAGUAACAAUCACUACACCUGGAAGAAAGUCACAACCACAGUGCACAAUAUCAUUGUCGGGAAACUCUGGAUAGAUCAGUCGGGAGAAAUAGAUGUUGUGAACCACAGAACAGGGGACCGCUGUCAUCUCAAGUUCGCGCCGUACAGCUACUUCUCCCGAGACGUGGCCAGAAAGGUCACGGGGGUGGUGACGGAUAAGGACGGGAAAGCACACUAUGUUCUGUCUGGGACGUGGGACGAGAAGAUGGAAUGCUCUCGUGUGAUGCAGAGCAGCAGAGGGGGAGAGAACGGCACCGACGGGCGACAGAAAACCGUCUAUCAGACGCUCAAAGCCAAAGAGCUGUGGAGGAAGACACCGCUGCCGGAAGGUGCUGAAAACAUGUACUACUUCUCGACCCUGGCGUUGACAUUGAAUGAGCCGGAGGAGGGUGUAGCUCCCACGGACAGCCGGAGGCGGCCGGAUCAGCGUCUGAUGGAGCAGGGCCGCUGGGAAGAAGCCAACGCUGAGAAACAAAGACUGGAGGAGAAGCAGCGCACCGUCCGCCGAGAGAGGGAGAGAGAGGCCAACCACAACGGCAGCCCUGCAGAAGAAGUUAAGGAGCCAGCGGACAAGGCUCUCAUUGAGGACUCCAUAUCUGACUCCCCACUAAAAACCGAAGAAGUCGAGAUUGCCAGUGAGCCCUCUGAGACCACUUACAAAACUGAAACACUGCACGGCUCACACCCACCUGCAUACUCAAGUGGUCACCAGGACAAUUACAAGCCCAUGUGGUUCGAGCGGCAGGUCGACCCGAUGACAGGAGAGCCCACGCACAUCUACAGAGGAGGAUACUGGGAAGCUAAGGAGCAAGGCAACUGGGACUCCUGCCCGGAUAUCUUCUGAUCCCAGUCACACACAUGCCCCAAGAUGUCUUCACUGUCCCGAUUCCCGGAAGAUAACAAACAAAUGAAAGCUCAGUCAGCUGCCCCUUCUCUUUUCCCGUAUCGUAGUAUAUCAAGAUGCGUGUCCUCUCUUUCGCCAGCCGUGCUCCACUCAGUGGACAGUAAGGGACACCGAAUUGGACACCACCAUUUACCGUGUGUCUCUCUGUUCUCCUCGUGUUCACGGGAUUAUUAGAGAAUAGGGUUCACCAUUCAGUAAACGCUAACGUUAGGAAAACAUAUCCUUUCCCGCUCCACAAAUCUUCCUCAAGCUGUGGACGUCAUAUCCUUAAACAUCUGGGGGAUAUGAAGGCUUGUUUGUGUGUGUGUGUGUGUGUGUGUGUGUGUGUGUGUGUGUGUGUGUGAAUGAGUUCAGAGAAGCGCUGUAGUGCUCUUUCUUUUCAUUGAGCAUGUUUGUGUGAAAGAUGAAGUUUAAGAGCUCGCCUUGGUUUGUGGUUUUUAAAGGAAUGGUUUGCGUAAAUAUGAAAGCUCUGUCAUUGUUUACUCACCACCUUAUUUCUUUUGCAAAACAAAUAUGUUUGUGCACGACAUGUCAAGCACUAAAAAGUAUGAUAAAAGUACCAUUAAAGUGCGAUUUGAGGAGCUAUGUUCCUACUCAAUUUAUACAAUAGCUUUCUGUGAGGAGUUCUCAAAUUGUUUGAACGCCAGUUGCGACAAAAUAGUCAAACUGCACCAUUUUUUAAAACUCUAAUCAAAUUUAAUAUCAGAGCUCUCACGUAUUAGAAGAUUAUCAGUAAAUUGCACUCUUUUCAUUCACACUAAGUCAAUGCAUUACUUCAUAUAUAACAAACAAGUCAUAUGCAUCACUUUUAUGGUGGUUUUAAGGCGUUAGUUUGGUCCCUUUUGGAGUUUGACAGCCUAUAAACUGUUCUACAGAAGAAAAACACCAUCAAAAAGUAUAAUGAAAGUAGAGAUUUGAGAUGUUAUAUUCUUUCUGAAUCUACUAUACAGUGCAUAAAUUUUUUUUUUACGAUUUCAGAGCUUCGGCAGAUUUGGAAGAUUGUCCGUGAAUAAAUCAUUCUUUUCUGUCAAUAAGCAAUCAUAUUACUUGAAAUGUAACUCAAAAGUCACAUGCAUCAAUUUCAUUGUGCUUUUCAGUCUUUUUUUUUUUUUUUUUUUUGGGUCCUUUUUGGACCUUGACAGACUAUAACCUGUUGUUCAAAAAAACAAAAAAACAUUAUUUAUAAUGAAAGUAGGCUAAGUCAUUUGUGAAGCUAUAUUACAAGUCUCCUAGUUUUAUGCAAGUUUUCUUUAUCUGUUCAAAUUGGCAUGAUAAUUAUAAAACGCAAUAAUCAAUAGCAUUUUGGAGUCGAUGACCAUCAAACCACACAAUUUCCUCCCAAAUGAAUGUCGGACCUUUAACAGAAGAAAAUAUUUUCAGUGAAUAACAAUGUAAAUUCCAGACUUUUCACAUUACUUGAAAUACAACGCACAAUUUGUAUGCAUUACUUUCAUGGUGCCUUUAAGUCAUUAUUUUGUCUCUUUAUAAAUAAAAAAAAUACAAAUAAACAAUGUGGGUUUGAAUGACCCGAGGGUGAGUAAACAAUGGCAUCAUUUUCAUUUUUGCUUGAACUGUUCUUUUGGCUCCCAUCACAACUGUACAGUCCUCUCGAUCCAUUUUGAUCUUCUUAAUAACACCUGAAAAAAUUUAAAUCUCUUAAAAUGACUAACCAGUUGUCCAAAGCAUGUUUGUUUCUAGCCUCCAGAACAGCAGAUUGUGCUGUUAUAAGCAGGAGAGCCAUGUAAAGAACUCGAUGUUAGCUGCACUGCUCGAGUUUAGCUUCAGUGUUUCAAACUGACAAGUCGCUGUGAUGUGAAGGUUUCGCCUUCAUCCUGGGCACAGAUGCAUUAUGGGCCUCUCCUGCUCUCGUGGAAAGGGGUGAAAAGAGGGACGGUGUCCACAACCUGAGGCGCUCGAGUGUGUGUGUGUGUGUGUGUGUGUGUGUGUGUGUGUGUGUGUGUGUGUGUGUGUGUGUGUGUUCAGAUGAACACGUGAGGUCAAGGGAGUCUCAAACCUAUGUGUGUAUGUGUGUGAUCAUGAGUGAUGUAUUUGGGGUUUGUUGAAUAUUCCAGUGAAACAAAAGAGAAAAAUUGCAUUUUAUUUUCAAGUGUACUUAAAGACAUGCGUGGGAAAAUAAAGCAAAGUUACAGCAACGCAAAAACAUUGCGGAUACUUGUGUAUAUAUAUCAAAUAAUAAAGUAAAAUAUUCAUACUAUUAAUACCAAUUCUUCUUCUGCUGACACUGACAGUUAGAGUUAUAAUCAUGAUGGUAAUUUUGAUGUAGUUUGAGGGUUCAGCACAAUUAUUUGUAU